AUGGCUGUAGCUGAUUUAGAUAUGGCAUUACUCUAUGAUAAGCCAUCUGAUCCUACUGCUGAGAGUACCACUGAAGACAAAACUGCUUUUGCUGAGUGGGAGAGAUCAAAUCGGUUGUGCAUGGUGAUUAUGAAAAGAACUAUAGCUGAGGAUCUGCUUAGUGGUUUACCUACUGAUGGGGCUGCCAAGGAAUUUUUUGCUGCUGUGGGACAACGAUUCCAAAUAUCCAAUAAUGCUGAAGCUUCAUCUCAUUGUAUGAUGGAAUUGAAUGGUAUGAGAUAUUCUAAAACUGGAGGGGUUAGAGAUUAUGUCCUCUAG